AUUUUAUGAAAACUGUCAAUACCGAAAUCUACCUUGAGGAUUUGGGUCUAUUUCAUUCAAUUUGUGAGCCUUAUCGGCUCUUAUUUCACCUUACAAUUGUCAUUGAGCAUUUAAUUUUUCAGAUAGAAGUACUCACAGCUAGAGUAAAGGCGAAGGAUCAACUCGUGACUUACCAGACCUACAUAAGCUAUGACUCGAUACGCUUUUGGAAUCUUUAUUUUGAGGCUGGUCAUACCAACAAUGAUCCUUGCCAGCAUUAUAGUGCGACCUUCUCUCAUGGGGUCGAUCUACCUGGGUAUGCUCUUGUACCUGCCGUAUUUGGAUUUGAUAGAGAAUGAAAGGUUGAAUAAAGGCGCAUUCAACUAUGUCAUGACAUUUGUGCCAUACCAAACUGCAGCUAUUCAACUAGGAUUCUAUCUGUACACUAUCAGUACAGAUGAAAUACAUUUAGAGGAAAAUGCCAAUAUGCUUAGAUUGUUCAAGAGCCUUGGAAUGUCUACAUUAGACGAUCUCAGCGCGUUCCAAGUCUACUGUUGGGUCGGUCCAGAAGGUCUAAUGGUGAUUGUGUCCAUCUUGUACCGUUGGUCGAUGGGUAUGAUCGGCAAAGGUAACACACACGAGUCUGAAGAAACGAACGAAAAAGCUGAGUUAGAGGCGAAGAAAGAAAAGAUGAGCUAUUUGAAACUGUCAACUACUAUAGGCAAAAGUUUUACGGUUUUUCUCAUUUUUGUCGUUGCUGUAUGGCAACACACAUUUUUUGGAGUUUGUUACUACCUGAUAUUCUUGUUCAUCAUAAGCAUGUGGGCACUGAAUCAGGCACUAAGUAGUCACGUUUCUAUGGUGCUUAAGUUAAGCUCACCUAUACUUUUAGUACACGUAGUUGGGAUCUACGUCUUUCAGAUAGAGGGAAUCCAGUUCAAUUUAUUGGAUAAAUCAACGGUACUAAGAAAUACCGAAUGGAGGAGAAGAAACGCUUGUAUCAAGAAAAAUGGAGAACUAGAGGGAAAAUGCUGAAACACUCUGUAGUAAAGUUGGACCAAAAGAAGGAGGAGGGGCCUCAGCACAAAGCGGAGCAUGCAAAUUUGCUUCUGUCUAUACGUGGUGAAAGUAAACGAGCUAUAUUAUGGAGAUGUAUAGGUACAAUAACCAAAUCGCUGUUACUCC